AUGUUCUUUCUCGUAGGUAAAGAUCUUACAUGGUAUGCUAAAGAUAGCAGCCAGGAACAAGCUCGUCAAGAAGAAAUUAGAGCAAUCAAAGAAACGGAAGCAGAUGUUAUGGCUGAAUUUUUGGGGGCCGGCAAGAGGAAAGUAGUUACUGCAAAUGUGUCAAAACAAGAGCUAAAUAAUAUUUUAAAGAAAGAACAAGAAGACGACGCGGAUGAUAACGAAGAGAUAAUCAAAGUCAAUCAAGAAGCCUCAAAAGGAUUAGGAUUUAGAAGUUCUGGGAGACUUUUAGUCGCAGAAAUGCUUCCUACCGAAAUAGCUCAAACUAAAAUUCCCAGUCAAAAUAAUGAAAAUAUGAGCGGUUUAGUUGUCUCAGAUGAUACAAAAUAUAUUGCAGAAAGUAGUAAUAGUCAAUUUACUUCAUCGAAUAGUAUUCCAAUUAGUGUUUAUCACAGUUUGUCUGCCAUUAAAAAGCAAACGAAAGAAAAACCCAAGAAACAUAAAGAAAAGCACCGGAAAAAAGAAAAACACCGGAAAAAAGAUAACCAUAGAAAAAAACGUGAAUCUCAUUAUAUAUCAGCAUCGGACGAAGAUGGUUCAAGUGAUAAGUCAUCUCGAAAUACAAGAUCACGUGAUAAAAAACGUCGCCGCUCCCCUUCAACGUAUAAAAACAAAGAGAUAUCAAUAUCUCGUCGAUCACGUUCGCGUUCACUUGGAUUUCAUCAUUCUAGACGUGAACCAUCUUAUUCUCGCUCCCGUUCCAAGUCACCUUCCCCUUUUCAAUACAUAAGACGUGAACAAUCUCGUUCAAGAUCUCGCUCGAAAUACAGAACAAAUCCAUCUUUGAAACGGGACAGUUCCAGCGAACAGCGACAUCAUUACCAUCAUAGAAGUUAUAGAGAUGAUGAGUAUCGUCACAAUCGGGAUCGAGAAAGACAUUCAUCAAUUAAAUAUCAUCGUACUAUAUAG